AUGAACAAGCCAGCCGUCAAUGGCGAGAAGAGUGAGGACAUGCCGAUCGUCCUCGGGCCAUGGCCCGAGUUCCCGACCCAGGCGUUCGUGGGCUCAUCGAGCUUGCCGCGCUACAUCGAGCCCACCGCGGUUUUGUUCUCGUGGACCCUCCGUGGCUUUCUCGCGUAG